GGUUCCCUCAGAGCGUGGGCAGGAGCCAUGCGCUGGUGUAUGGGCCCGGAGGCUCGGCGCCCGGCUUCCAGCACGCCUCGCACCAUGUCCAAGACUUCUUCCACCACGGCACCUCCGGCAUCUCCAACUCGGGCUACCAGCAGAACCCGUGCUCGCUAAGCUGCCACGGAGACGCCUCCAAAUUCUAUGGCUACGAGGCGCUCCCUAGACAGUCCCUUUAUGGGGCUCAGCAAGAGGCGAGCGUGGUGCAAUAUCCCGACUGUAAAUCCUCCGCCAACACUAACAGUAGCGAAGGACAAGGCCACUUAAAUCAGAACUCGUCUCCCAGCCUCAUGUUUCCAUGGAUGAGACCCCACGCUCCUGGGCGGCGCAGUGGACGACAAACUUACAGCCGGUAUCAGACCUUGGAACUAGAGAAGGAGUUUCUCUUUAAUCCUUAUUUGACACGAAAGCGCCGGAUUGAAGUCUCUCACGCCCUGGGACUGACCGAAAGACAAGUGAAGAUAUGGUUCCAGAAUCGGAGGAUGAAGUGGAAAAAGGAGAACAACAAGGAUAAACUGCCUGGGGCCCGAGAUGAGGAGAAGGUGGAGGAAGAAGGGAAUGAGGAAGAGGAGAAAGAAGAAGAGGAAAAGGAAGAAAAUAAGGACUAGCAAAAAAGAGAGAGAGAGAGAGAGAGAGAGAGAGAGAGAGAAUCCCCCCCCAGCAACUCCCUUGAAGUUUCGUUUUAUGGUAGCAGAUAAAUUGAGAAGUUUACGACUGUCAUUUGCUUUUAUAGAGAAUAGAAUGACACUCACAACUCUAACUACCUGUCAGAUACUUGCAGCUCUACUUUUAUUACCUUUGGACCCCCCCUCUUUAUUUGUUUGGGGGCGCUGGGGGGGAGACUGAGACACAGGGAAAAGUUCUGUCCCACUCCAUGGCCAGCACACACUCACCCAGCACACACUCACUUGUCCUUGCUUCUCCCUUCUGAGCCCUUCCUGAAUUUUAAGGUCUAAGCCUUCUCACACACCCCACUUCCCCCCACACACCCACUUCACUGCUCCUGGUAUUUAUUUCAAAGGGGAUCCCCCUGAAGAUGUAGAAGAUGGUUCUUGGCUUUGCUUGUGUGCUAGCAAUUAGAAUACUGGAUUAACCGUUUUUUAAUGAAAGAAAAGGAAAGAAUAAAAAAAACAGAAUAAAGGGAGAUGGAAGGGAAAUUUUUUUUUUAAAGAAAUAAAAGAUAGAAAAGAUUCCUUUCUCUCUUUGAGGCUCCUUCUUUAGAAAACCCCCUUGACUUUCUCCAGGAACCUGAGAAUCUAGCCAUGCCCUUACUGAGUGAGGGGUAAGCAGGGGCCUGCAAUGGUCUCUAAAAUCCUACCUAUUCAUGCCAUAGUCACUUGGGCCCAAGCCUUCCUUGCCUUGUCCUUGCUGUUUGAUUUCUGUUCUUUUGGGCCGGCUUCCUCUGAGCUGUGUUAGUGUUUGUGCUCAGAAAUCACCAUAAUCAUGAUAGUAUACUGAUAAAAACUUUAAUAUACUACCUAAAGGGAACCUGCAAUAAUAUUGGGGGGGGGAGAAAAAUCCUAUUACAGGAGGAAAAAAAGAAAAAAAAAGAAAAAAGAAAAAAAAAAGAAAGAAACCUUCAACGUAUUUUAUCACUACCUAUAGAAAGAAAUCCUGCUUUGAGAGUAUUUGUAAUGCAGUUUUGUUGUGUUUGUUGCUGCUUAUUUCACUAAAGAAAAAAAAAAACCCCAACAACUGAGACUGCCUAGCCCGCUGGUCUUGUGCGCUCUUAUUGUGCUUCUAACCCCAGUAGAGUAGAACUAAACUGCACUGAAUGUAUAGUUACUCUGUCUUGAAUUCUCUGUUUAUGCAACGUGCUCGAAAGGAAAAAAAACGUUAAAAUAUAUCUAUAAUAAUAAUUUUGGGUCAUUUGUCUUUAUGUCCAGCUAUGAAUGUAGAUUUUGUGUCCUGAAAGCCCUGUUCCUGGUCCAAGUACUUUGUAUUGUAUAUGUGAGUCAUAAUAAAAAAUGAAAGAAGAAAAGAAAUGGAAGCUGGAA